AUGGAUGCUGAUGUCGAUCACAUCGACAUCGGUGAUGAUUAUGACGACGAUGCUGGUAUAUUCAACGUCGCCAACGACUGCUGCAGUGAGGACGAUGACGCCCUCACUGGUGAAGACAACGUUCUCUAA